UUUCAGUUUCCUUGUUCUUCGCAUUCCAUUCAAUUCCCACCUCAAAAUCAUUAAUAUCACCAACUCAUUCCCUUCUGCAAAACCUUAAAAAAUAGUAACACUUGUAUAUUAAUUCCAUACUCUUUCUCUCUAAACAAACACACACACUCUGUUUCUCUUCUUCUUCUCAACAAUGGCUUCACCUUUGAUACUUUUCCUUCUCCUCUCGCUGUUUGCUGUCACAUGUUCAUCCCUCAGGUGCACCACGCAGAUGCUGAAGUUGAACCAGGUCUACCCCAACUGCGCGGACCUGCCCACACUCGAUUCCUUCCUCCAUUGGGACUACAACAAUUUAAACAACUCCCUCACGGUGGCGUUCGAAGCGGCGCCGCCAAACCCCGGCGGGUGGGUGUCAUGGGGGAUAAACCCAACAGGGGACGGCAUGGUGGGGGCGCAGGUGCUGGUGGCGUUCAAGGACAACAACACCGGCGUCGUGACGGUGAAGACUUUCGACCUGAAAUCCUACCACGAGAUCAUUCCGGGGAAGCUGUCGUUCGACGUGUGGGACAUGAGGGCGGAGGAGGUCGGCGGGGUGGUGAGGAUUUUCGCCACCGUGAAGGUGCCGGAGCAUGCUAUGGCGGUGAACCAUGUGUGGAUGGUGGGGCCAUCUGUAACGGCUGGAAGGAUUGGGAAGCAUGAGUUUGAUCCGCCGCAUUUGAAUUCUAAAGGGAGGCUCAGCUUCUCUGGAGGGCAUGGUUCUGGUGAUGCUGCUGCUGGUACCGUGGAUUUUACCACCAGGAGGAAAAAUAUACAUGGAAUACUGAAUGCAGUGAGUUGGGGUUUUCUCUUUCCCCUUGGAGUUAUCAUAGCAAGGUACAUGAGGGUUUUCCCAUCUGCAGACCCAGCUUGGUUCUAUCUUCAUGUUGGUUGCCAACUAUCUGCUUAUGUCAUUGGUGUUGCUGGCUGGGGAACUGGGAUGAAACUGGGAAGCAAAUCAGGAGAGAAUCCAUUCAGCGGUCAUCGCAACAUCGGAAUCGCCCUCUUUUGUCUCGCCACAAUCCAGAUUUUCGCAUUGUUCAUAAGGCCAAACAAGGAUCACAAGUUUAGAUACUUGUGGAAUAUCUUUCACCAUAGCUUUGGAUACACUAUAAUUGUCCUGGGAAUUGUGAACAUAUUCAGGGGCUUCUUCAUCUUGCAACCUGAUGAGAAAUACAGAGCAAUAUACCUCGAUGUGCUUCUCAUAUUGGGUGCACUUGUCUUGGUUUUGGAAGUUCUGACAUGGAUUGUUGUGUUAAAGAGAAAAUAUUGUAGCAAGUCCAAUACUUACGACGGAUACAACAACAAUGGACAGAGCAGGCAACCUUAACAUAUGAUCAAGUGUUUACGGAUUUGGCUUGGCUUCUUCGAUCUCCUAGUAGUAUACUCUUGAUAUUGUAAUUGUUUUAUAUGAUAUCUAUGUUACCUAUUUUAGUGUAAUGCUUGGUUUGGUUUGGGUUAUGGGCGUAUAGAUUUUUCAGUCUCUCUGUAAUUAGGUUAAGGAAAACUUUUACAGGAAGCUGUUACCUGUUCCUAUAAUUAUUUAACCUUGUAUGCUAGGCUGGCAAACCAGGCCACAA